CUUAUUUUUGAGAUGCUGCUAGUUACGCAGGUUACUUUUUUAUUUAAUUCGUGUCAGCGAAUAAGGAGGGAAACACUCCAAUAUAAAAUUUAAAGUAAGGAAAAGCAAUCUUGAUAGUUAUUUUUUGUCGAAUUUACCUGUAACCGUAGCUUCGUAGUUUUGGUCUACCUCUCCCUGUCAAUUAUUAUUGCACUGUGGGUGAAAACAACAGUAUGAUUGAGCUGUCCGAUGUGUUUACUUAUUUUGAAUGUUUAUCCUGACGUUUUUAAAAGUUCUCUUUUGAACCGUAGCUAGAUGUCGGUCUUUAUUACUAUCAAAUUUGUUAAAUUCUCCAACUAUGAGUGUAUUCGGUGACUUCCAGAAAGCCUGGGCUCAACGUUUUCCUGGGUGCGAAUUACCCCAAGCAUGGGAAGAGGAUGUAAGAGCAAAUUUAACGAAACAUCGACAAAGAGUAGCAGCUUUAAAUGCAGAGUUGGAAAAAGAAGAAUUUUACGUUGAGUAUUUAGAGCAUUUGCUAGCAGAUGUGGAGCGAGUUAAGCAAAAUCCGCUAUUCAUUAACGAAACUGCAGAGGGUAAAGAAGCUGUGUCUGAUGGUAAGAAAAAUGAUGAAAGUAAAUCUAGAUAUAUAGAUAAAGCACUUACAAAUUCGAAUAAUCCAGAAGUUGAAAUUGGGUGUAAUACUUGCACUGAUGAGUUAAGUGAUCAAAAUAGUUAUAUUACUGUCAUAGCUGUUGGUGGACCAAAUUCACCAUCUAACACUCUGUGCGCCAAAGGCAUUAAUGAAAGUGAGUCCCAUGAAAAGGUGGAGGAAAAAUUGUGCACUCAUAGUGAUGAUUUGUGUAAAGUAGAAACUGAAACUAGCUCUUCAUUGCAGAAGAAAAAACCGCCAGCACCUCCAAAAAAACCUCGAAAAUCAAUUCCUGUUCAAGCUGUACCUCCUGUGAAACAAGCAGCGGUAUUGAACCCAGUGGACAGUUGUAAAAAGGAUGAAAAACCGGUGACUGAUACAAGUUAUAUGGAUUGUAGUGAUAAUCUAAAUGCCACUCUAGUCAAUCAAUCUAAAACUGAAAAUAUUGAAAAUAUCACAAACUGUACUAUCGAAAAUAGUGCCAUUGAACUGCUUGAAUCUUCACAUAAGGUUUUAGAAACAUCAGGCGAUUCUUGUAUAUUAAAACAAAAUGUAAAUGAAUCACAUUUAUAUGAUGAUGAAAAUAUUUAUGAUACUGUUGCUCCAGAUGAGGGAGAAGUUUCCAGUUCAAAUACAUUAGCAAGUGAUACUUCAAAGGAGGAUUGUGAAGGAGAUUAUGUUGUAUUUUCUGAAGCAUAUGAUUCUUACCAAGAGUGCCCUCCUGCUAUAACAUCCCGUUCGAGAAUUGCCGAAUGCUUAUUGACUACUCAGAGAAGCGUUGAAGAAGAGAGUCCAGAAUAUGCAACAUAUAUGAAUAUUGAUUAUUUCUUGAAAAAAGGGACUGCAUCUAAAGCAUUACGAGCAGAAUCUGUGGGGGGUGACUCUGAUGAUGAUGAUGAUGCCUUCUUAGCUCGUUCAUUCUCGAGUGACCAUGAAGUGGAACCUGACCAAGUGGCAGACUAUACAGAGAAAAAAAACAGUGCUACAUCUGCACCCACAGAUGAUGUUUUUGAAAUGGAUUCAGGUGUAUACAGUAGUUCAGUGGAAUCCACUUCCUUUCUAGGUGGGGCAUCUACUCCACCUUCUUGUAAAAGAAAUGAUGUGGCAGCUGAACCAAGUAAAACUGAAGCAGAGAGAAUGGCAAUGUACAAAUGCAUUUUAAGUAGUAUUGCAGAUAGUGAAACUGUAUAUAUAGAGUGCCUAAACAUGCUACUGCAGUAUAUGAAAGCUUUAAAAUCAACAAUAGGAACUUCCCAACCAUUGUUAUCAUUAGAUGACUUCAAUGUGAUAUUCUACAGGAUCCCUGAACUACAUAGUCUCCAUCUAAAUUUCUUAAAAGGUCUGAAGAAACAGAUUGAUGGUUGGAAUGGUAGUCAAUCUAUAGGAGAAGAUUUUAAAGUCCUGGCAAGUAAGUUAGGAGUGUAUGGAUCUUUCUUACAAAAUUAUUCUAAAGCCAUAGAGACUAUAAGAAAAUGCAGUAUUGAUAAUUCGAAAUUUUCAGAAAUUACUAAGUCCAUCAAAUUAAAGGCACUUCAAGGACAGUCAACAACACUAGAAGAUCUGUUGCAUAAGCCUGUAGCAAGGGUACAGAAGAAUGCAUUAGUUCUUCAUGAUUUGCUAAGGUAUACGCCAGAGAAUCAUCCUGAUUUUAAAACUUUGAAAACAGCUUUAAAAAUGACGCAGUGUUUUUUAAAUGAUAUUAAUGUGUCAGCCACUGAAAGCAUGUUUCCUAUGACUGACAGAGCACAGAGGCAUUUAGUGAAAAAUAGCUUCAUAGUUGAGUUAUCUGAAGGUCAUAGGAAACUAAGACAUUUAUUUUUGUUCAGUGAUGUCAUUGUUUGUGCUAAAUAUAAGCCAUCUACAAGGCAAAAAUUUACGUUUGAAGUCAAGUGGUUUAUUCCAUUAUCUGAUGUUGUUCUUUCAGACUGUAAUAAUGAUGAUGUAAUAAAAGAAAAUUCGCCAUUUGAUAUAUUAUCCCUAAAGUCAAGAGCUAGUAAUGUUAGGGACCAAAUAUUAAAAGAAGAAAAAGGGAAGGAGCGUCGAGUAGCAGGUAGAAAUAUUGACAAGCACAAGAAAAAGCUUGCAGAGCUGGAAGCCCAGCUUGUCCUUGCAUCACCAAAUUUGCUUUUUCGCAUAGGUCAUAAAUGUGGUAAAAGUUAUACUUUUUUCCUGUCAUCUGAAUUUGAGCGAUCUCAGUGGAAUGAGGCAAUAAGCAUAUUGCAGUCAUCUGCAACAGCAACAAACACACCAAUCAGUGCAUAUGAGUUACAAGCUUGGGUUACCUCAUGCAGAAAGCACCUAGGAACAAAUCUUGGAUCUUUCCUGUUGCGAUCGGGUAAAGAUGAAGAUCUUCUUGUUGGAGACCUCCAUAUUGUAGUGCAUAGCUUACAUGGCUUAACAAGGCCUUCAG